AUGUCUCAAGGUGAUAAAAUUACCGUUCACUGGUACGUGCUUCAAUUAUUCUUUUCUAACAAGCUAACGCAAUCCAAGCCGGGAUACUAACAGAUGUGAUUCUCCAGGUUAAACUACUCGAGGUCCCAAAGAAUCAUCUGGUUAUUGGAAGAGUUGAACGUUCCCUUUGAGAUCAAGGCUUAUGCAAGAGACAAGGACUUUAGAGCCCCCAAGGCAUUGGAAAAAGUCCACCCAUUGGGGAAAUCACCCUUGAUUGAAGUCACUAAACCCGAUGGCGAGACGCAGGUCAUUGCAGAGACGGGCCACAUCAUCAGCUACAUUUUGGAACACUACGACCCAAACCACAUCUUGACUCCGCAGAACCAGCGUGAGAAGCAAGAAGUGGAUUAUUUCCUACACUAUUCAGAAGGAACUCUUCAGCCAAACUUGGUUGCUCUUUUAGUCCAUUCUUUUGCUAAAAAGAAAGCUCCAUUCGGCACGAGGUUCCUUAUGGGCUUGUUAGUUAAGGGGAUCGAUGAUCAGUUCUACUUGCCAGAAACGAUAAAAAAUUUGGACUUUUUGGACGGCAUCUUGGCCAAGCAAAAGGCAACCAAAAACUCCGAUUUCUUUGUCGGGACCCACUUGACAGGCGCCGACAUUAUCUUGUCCUUCCCCGUCUUGACCAAUAUUUUCGCCAGUAGAGCUUCUGCGAGAACGAUGGGUUUGCCUGAUUUCGACCAAACAUGGCCCAAUUUGAGCCGUUGGUGCGCGCUUAUUGAAAAGGAGCCAAAGUUUGUCAAGGCUCACGAGUUGGUUGCUGAGUAUGAAACGUCUAAGCCAAAUAUUUAA